UGCCAGUCGAAGCAGCAAGUCGCUACUUGAAGAAGUAUUUUCCCACACAUGUACAGUGACACGUCCUUCUUAUGCAUACAACUGCAGUGCUUAGCACCGUACACACGCCUUUUUCCUUCUCCAGCACCACCAUGGCACCCCGAAAGAAUGCCAGAGGACUUUCGCCAAUACCUUCAACACCAGAGCGUCGUCCAAGUUCAGUUGCUUCCUCUCCAGAAAAACCACCUGGUCCAUUAAGCAUCACUAUCUCUCCGGAGGAACGCGAGAUUAUCAAGGUCAACAACUACAGCGCGGCUGAGCUCAAGAACGCAUGUGAUGAUGCCCUUAAACGAUACUUAUCGAGACCCGUUUUGUUUAAACAAAUACAUCUUCAUACCGAUGUGCGGCUGGCUUUGGGAUGGGCAGGCGUAUUCACAGCAGUAGCUACGGGACUUUAUGGAUGGAAAAUUGACUUCGAAAAGUCGAAGCCAGGAGUCUGGGUUGGGUUCAUACUCUACCUGGUCCUCACCUCCCUUCAGACAUUAUACUCCUACUUCGUGGAGGGCGAUACCAUAUUUGUCGGUCGACGGAAAACCUUUUCAAAGAGAAUAAUAACAGAACGGAUAACGAUUUCCUCAGGCACCCUCCCAGUACCGUCCUCUAAAUUAUCUCUCAAGCCGAGCCCCACGAAUUCACCAUCAUACUCGCUUUCCAUCAAUUACGUGCAGUCUACAUCAGGGGGGAAAUCACUACUUGCAAAGGGCCGAACACACGAAUCCAAAGAAUACUCGGCCUUCUUCGACGAAAAGGGUGUGAUGGCACAGGAGGUGUUCGAGCGAUGGAUCGGAGAGCUGGUAGAGGCAGUGAUGGAGGGAAAGGGUGCAUGAAUUGUAUGUCUAUGUAGAGGCCUUUCAUUGAUAUGCUAAAAGGACGCGUUGUUGCGAUCCCCUUGCCCAAACUUGGCUCUAAGAGACAACUGACAUAAUUAUCUUUUUAUGACGAUGCGGCAAUCAUCUAUGUCACCCGCGCCUAGGCUCAUGUCUCGGCAUCCCAUGUCACAUAAGAUUCCCCACUCCAAUGUGUGUGCACUUCAGUGGAGUGGGUUGUCAUGCGCACGUUCAACACGCGUCACUUGAUUGAACGAUUUCAAUUGGCUGACUAGGAUACUGGGCAUUAGCUAUCUAUAUUGUACACGUUGUAAGAACGGAGCUG